GCGAGGCGGGGGAUAGAAAUACGAGCGAGCGGGCGCGGGGGGGCGAGCCGAGCACCGCAGCGCGAGACGGGAGGAGAGAGGUGAUAGAUAAGCGAGCGCAGCGCCCUAACCCUAGCUCGACACGCCGCCGCCGCCUCCGCCUCGCUCGGGAGGGGCCCUUGCCGCCGGGAUCCGUACGACGACGGAGGGGGCGCCUGCCCUGCCCUGCGCCGCCGCGCGCGCGGCGUGGCUGACUCGGUCCUCGUAAUCCGGUGGUGGCAGGCCACUGCGGGGGAGCGAUGGCUGUUGUCAACCCUAAUAAAACUCAUCUAUUUGAGAAUGACGACGAAGACGGCCCGAUUUCGUUCAAGAGGUCGAGCGCAUCUAUGAAGAGCAGCAGGCCCACCCCCUCCAAGCAGGAGGGUUCGUCAGGAAGCGCUGGGGUGCCUGUCAGGACCUCGAAGCCUGUGGCUCCGAAUCAGCAGAAGAACGGGGUGAGUGCCAGUGCAUCGAGGCUGCUGCAUGUGAAGCCGCCGUCGUCCAGCCCGAACCAUCGGCCUUCUGGGUCUGGCCAGCCAAACAGUUCGGCAGAGAAUAGUUCAAAGAGUAACAGCAUUGACAAGAGUAAACUGAAAAGACCUCUUGUGAAAGAAGAGAACUCUGAUGAUUCGGAUGAUGAGGUGCCAAUUGGGUUAAGGAGAAAAGUUGAGGAGAAGAAGUUAAAGAGAGUUGUUGAGAAAGCAGAUGAUUCAGAAGACGACAAGCCGUUGAGUCUCAAGAUUAAUUCAUCCAAGACGUCUUCCACCAGCGCGAGUAAGCCUGUUUUGCAGAAAACUGCCGCAAAAGUUGAGCAGCCUGAUGAAGAUUCAGAUGAUGAUAAACCAUUGGCAAGCAGGCUGUCCACUAAUGCUGCUUCAAAACGUGGAGGUAAUGUCUCUGAAGAUUCAGAGGAUGAGAAGCCAUUGGCCGCCCGAUUUUCAAAAGUUUCUGGAAGCAGAAACCUAAAAUCGGCUUCUUCCAGCAAGGGGUUAAAUAAUGAUACAAACAGCCCACGGAGUUUGGGUAAAAGGCCUCUAGAUAACAGUAAUCAAACAAGUUUAGCUCUCAAGAAGGCAAAACCUUCAAAUGUUUCAGCUUCAGCAAGUGUUAAAAGGGAAAUCAAGGCAGAUGACAAUGACAACACCCCUCUUGCACAAAGGCUGAAGAUGGGUGAGUCUUCGAAAGGCAAGCCAUCUGCAAAGAAUGUCGUGAAGAAGAGUCCUGCUUCUACAAAGAAGAACAUCAAGAAAAUGAAACGGAAAGUGAAGACAAAGAAGACAAUGAAAAACUCUCAGUUCUCAAAGACAAUGAAGGUACCUCCUGGAUCUGGUGGUGGACAGAAAUGGACUACCUUGGAGCACAAUGGUGUUAUUUUCCCUCCUCCGUACAAGCCUCAUGGUGUCAAAAUGCUUUACAAUGGGCAACCUGUUGAUCUGACACCAGAACAAGAGGAGGUUGCAACAAUGUUUGCUGUGAUGAAAGACACUGAGUACGCGACCAUGCAAACAUUCAUCGAUAACUUUUUCACUGAUUGGAGAAAAAUCCUUGGUAAAAACCAUAUUAUUAAGAAAUUUGAGCUUUGUGAUUUCACCCCGAUAUAUGAAUGGCACCUCAGAGAGAAGGAGAAGAAGAAGCAGAUGACGUCAGAGGAGAAAAAAGCAUUGCGGGAAGAGAAGUUGAAGCAAGAGGACAAGUACAUGUGGGCUGUUGUAAAUGGUGUUAAAGAGAAGGUUGGCAAUUUCAGAGUAGAACCACCUGGCUUAUUCAGGGGACGUGGAAAACAUCCAAAGAUGGGAAAACUGAAGCGGCGCAUCAAACCAAGUGAUAUUACAAUAAAUAUCGGAAGAGGCGCUCCAGUCCCUGAGUGUCCUAUACCUGGAGAAAGUUGGAAAGAAAUUAAACAUGACAAUACUGUUACAUGGUUGGCCUUUUGGAAUGAUCCAAUUAGCCAAAAAGAUUUCAAGUAUGUUUUCCUGGCAGCAAGUAGCUCACUUAAGGGGCAAAGUGACAAAGAGAAAUAUGAGAAGUCCAGAAAAUUAAAGGAUCACAUACAAAACAUUCGAGACAACUACACAAAGGAUUUCAGAAGCAAAGAUGAGACAAAGAGGCAAAUUGCCGUGGCAACAUACCUUAUAGAUAAACUAGCCCUUAGGGCAGGCAAUGAAAAGGAUGAUGAUGAAGCUGAAACUGUUGGUUGCUGUACGCUAAAAAUCGAUAAUGUUACUUGUUUGCCCCCAAAUAAGAUCCAGUUUGACUUUCUGGGUAAAGAUUCUAUAAGAUAUUUUAACACCGUAGAAGUUGAAGAACUUGUGUACAAGGCAAUUGAGGGUUUCCACCGUGGAAAGCCACCGGGAUAUGAUCUCUUUGACAAACUUGAUACAACUAGGCUAAAUGCACACCUGAAGGACCUGAUGCCUGGGCUUACUGCAAAAGUGUUCCGUACAUAUAAUGCUUCCAUCACAUUGGAUGACAUUUUGCACAAGGAAACAGAAGAUGGAACUCUUCUUGAGAAAAUUGCUGUAUAUCAGCGCGCAAACAAAGAGGUUGCCAUUAUCUGUAACCAUCAACGUAGUGUGUCAAAAUCACAUGAAUCCCAGAUGACCAGACUUAAUGAAAAGAUUGAUGAUUUAAAGGCCCAGAGAGAUGAGUUAAAAGUUGACUUGGGCAAAGCAAAGAAAGGAAAGCCUCUGGGCAAUGAUAAAGAUGGGAAGCCAAAGAAGAACUCUCCCCCUGAACAGAUUGAAAAGAAGAUAGCAGCUAUUGAAACCAAGAUUGAGAAGAUGGAGAUGGAUAAGAAGAUAAAAGAGGAUUUGAAGACAGUUGCACUCGGAACAUCAAAGAUCAACUACCUUGAUCCUAGAAUUACUGUGGCAUGGUGCAAACGCCAUGAAGUCCCCAUCGAGAAGAUUUUCAACAAAUCACUUCUUGCGAAAUUCGGAUGGGCAAUGGAUGUUGAUCCGGAAUUCAGAUUCUAGUAGAGCACUAUUGGUUGCCAUGUUUGAUCCAGCUUCCAGCCCUUCUUCCGGACACUAAUUGCAGCUAGGAAAGGAAGAGCUUGGUGUUUGUUUUUUCAAAGCCCCCCCUGCUCCUGGAACGAAGGAAGCACUCGACAUUCUCUUUGUAGGCUCCUAUUUUGUUGGUUCUUGGUGUACUUGCCACCGUUCCAUUGCGUUAAGUUCUGUAGCAUUUGGCUGAGGAAUUUGAGCUUUGCUCGAUAACGGAUGGACAUUUAAUUUAUACCGAGUUAAUCUCAAAUAUAGAUGACCAGUUGAGUGGUGGAUCUCGUGGGACUCGAUUUGUGUUGGGUCAUGAGGUUUCGUUUCACCGAGGAAGAUAUUGUCUCUAUGUAUGGUGUACCUGAGAACCGUUCGAUGGUAAUUGAAGAAGUGCUGAGGUGUAAAUUUUGAUUAAA